UGUAUGCAUGCUAAUUUUUUCUCGUGAUGUUUAUGAGCCUAGUGGUAUUUCCAUUGAGCUUAAACCGGGGAAAAGAUUAGAAAAAAAUUGAAAGUCAAUUAGUGAUUCAAGGACUUGUUUAUAUUUCUACUUCAGUGUUCAGUGUUCGAGUGAACCAAGAUGAGUGAACAAAUCCAAAUUUAUUUCGAUUUCGUUUUACCUCUGGUCAAAAAGGCUGGAAAAGUGAUCCUGGAAGCUAAAAAUAUUGAAAUUGAAACGAAAGAUGAAAUCUACGAUUUGGUGACGAUUUACGACCGAAAAGUCGAAGACGUACUCAUCAAAGAAAUUAAGUCAAAAUACCCCAACCACAAGUUUAUUGGGGAGGAAGAGUCAUCAGCAAAGAGCGAAAUUUCCCAAUUGACAAAUGACCCAACUUGGAUUAUAGACCCCAUCGAUGGGACGGCCAAUUUCGUCCGGAAUUUUCCCAUCACGUGUAUUUCGAUAGGACUGACAAUUAACCAAGAACCAGUCUUGGGGGUAAUAUACAACCCCUUCAUGGAUGAACUCUACACUGCCAUGAAGGGACAAGGGGCCUACUUGAAUGGAAAACGCAUUUUUACGAGUCGACAAACAGAUAUCCAAAAAUCAGUUCUUAAUUACGAACUGUCUCUGGCUCGGUCUGAAAAACACCGCGAGUUGUAUCUCUACCGACUGACCCAUUUAAUCGCAGUGAUUCAGGGAAUUCGUUCAAUGGGUUCGGCCGCUUUGGGCUUAUGUUAUGUGGCUCGAGGCUCCAUGGACGCCUACCAAUGUGAUGGGUUAUACCCAUGGGACGUCGCCGCCGGAGUUCUAAUAGUCAAAGAGGCUGGUGGAGCUGUUGGCGACUCCACUUUGGGUAAAGAAUUCGACAUAAUGAAACCCAAUUUCAUAGCAACGGCCUCCAAGACCCUCUUGGAUCAGUUCCUCCAAGUCGAAAAACGCGCAGAUGACGAAAGAUUGGCUGCACUACUAGUUAAGAAGGCCAAUGUUGGAUGCAAAUAGAUUUUUUUUUAUUAAUUGUAAUUAAAAUAUGCAAUAAACUUAAGGAAAUUGGUUCGGCA